CCCGGAACCCGCGGUAGCCACCGCGGCGGCGGCCCCGGGCUGGAGGCGUCCGGGCGCCUCUUUCCUCCAGCCUCUGGGACCCAGCUGCUCGCGGUCACCUGGCCCUGCCUGGGCUUGAGAAACCCAAUGCAUACCCCAAAGAGGGUUUUUGUGUAUGUGUGUGUUUUUAAAGGGUGGCUAUGAUGAGUGGGCCUUGGAGAUGUGAGACGGGGAGGUAAAAUGCACACUUGCUGCCCCCCAGUAACUUUGGAACAGGACCUUCACAGAAAAAUGCAUAGCUGGAUGCUGCAGACUCUAGCGUUUGCUGUAACAUCUCUCGUCCUUUCCUGUGCAGAAACCAUCGAUUAUUAUGGGGAAAUCUGUGACAAUGCAUGUCCUUGUGAGGAAAAGGACGGCAUUUUAACUGUGAGCUGUGAAAACCGCGGGAUCAUCAGUCUCUCUGAAAUUAGCCCUCCCCGUUUCCCAGUCUACCACCUCUUGUUGUCCGGAAACCUUUUGAACCGUCUCUAUCCCAAUGAGUUUGUCAAUUACACUGGGGCUUCAAUUUUGCAUCUGGGUAGCAAUGUUAUCCAGGACAUUGAGACCGGGGCUUUCCAUGGGCUACGGGGUUUGAGGAGAUUGCAUCUGAACAAUAAUAAACUGGAACUUCUGCGAGAUGAUACCUUCCUUGGCUUGGAGAACCUGGAGUACCUACAGGUCGAUUACAAUUACAUCAGCGUCAUUGAACCCAAUGCUUUUGGGAAACUGCAUUUGUUGCAGGUGCUUAUCCUCAAUGACAAUCUUUUGUCCAGUUUACCCAACAAUCUUUUCCGUUUUGUGCCCUUAACGCACUUGGACCUCCGGGGGAACCGGCUGAAACUUCUGCCCUACGUGGGGCUCUUACAGCACAUGGAUAAAGUUGUGGAGCUACAGCUGGAGGAAAACCCUUGGAAUUGUUCUUGUGAGCUGAUCUCUCUAAAGGAUUGGUUGGACAGCAUCUCCUACUCAGCCCUGGUGGGGGAUGUGGUUUGUGAGACCCCCUUCCGCUUACACGGCAGGGACUUGGAUGAAGUAUCCAAGCAGGAACUGUGCCCAAGGAGACUUAUUUCUGACUAUGAGAUGAGGCCGCAGACGCCUUUGAGCACCACGGGGUAUUUACACACCACCCCGGCCUCAGUGAAUUCUGUGGCCACUUCUUCCUCUGCUGUUUACAAACCCCCUUUGAAGACCCCUAAGGGGACCCGCCAACCCAACAAGCCCAGGGUGCGCCCCACCUCUCGGCAGCCCUCCAAGGACUUGGGCUACAGCAACUAUGGCCCCAGCAUCGCCUAUCAGACCAAAUCCCCGGUGCCUUUGGAGUGUCCCACCGCGUGCACUUGCAACCUGCAGAUCUCUGAUCUGGGCCUCAACGUAAACUGCCAGGAGCGAAAGAUCGAGAGCAUCGCUGAACUGCAGCCCAAGCCCUACAAUCCCAAGAAAAUGUAUCUGACAGAGAACUACAUCGCUGUCGUGCGCAGGACAGACUUUCUGGAGGCCACGGGGCUGGACCUCCUGCACCUGGGGAACAACCGCAUCUCGAUGAUACAGGACCGCGCUUUCGGGGAUCUCACCAACCUGAGGCGCCUGUACCUGAAUGGCAAUAGGAUCGAGAGGCUAAGCCCGGAGUUAUUCUAUGGCCUGCAGAGCCUGCAGUAUCUCUUCCUCCAGUACAAUCUCAUUCGCGAGAUUCAGUCUGGAACUUUUGACUCGGUCCCAAACCUCCAGCUGCUAUUCUUGAAUAACAACCUCCUGCAGGCCAUGCCCUCGGGCGUCUUCUCUGGCCUGACCCUCCUCAGGCUAAACCUGAGGAGUAACCACUUCACCUCCUUGCCGGUGAGUGGAGUUUUGGACCAGCUGAAGUCACUCAUCCAAAUCGACCUGCACGACAACCCUUGGGAUUGUACCUGCGACAUUGUGGGCAUGAAGCUGUGGGUGGAGCAGCUCAAAGUGGGCGUCCUAGUGGACGAGGUGAUCUGUAAGGCGCCCAAGAAAUUCGCUGAGACAGACAUGCGCUCCAUUAAGUCGGAGCUGCUGUGCCCUGACUAUUCAGAUGUAGUGGUUUCCACGCCCACACCCUCCUCCAUCCAGGUCCCUGCGAGGACCAGCGCAGUGACUCCUGCGGUCCGGUUGAACAGCACCGGGGCCCCCGCGGGCUUGGGCGCAGGCGGAGGGGCGUCGUCGGUGCCCUUGUCUGUGUUAAUCCUCAGCCUCCUGCUGGUUUUCAUCAUGUCAGUUUUCGUGGCCGCUGGGCUCUUCGUGCUGGUCAUGAAGCGCAGGAAGAAGAACCAGAGCGACCACACCAGCACCAACAACUCCGACGUGAGUUCCUUCAACAUGCAGUACAGCGUGUACGGCGGCGGCGGCGGCGCGGGCGGCCACCCACACGCGCACGUGCAUCACCGCGGGCCCGCGCUGCCCAAGGUGAAGACGCCCGCGGGCCACGUGUAUGAAUACAUCCCCCACCCACUGGGCCACAUGUGCAAAAACCCCAUCUACCGCUCCCGAGAGGGCAACUCCGUAGAGGAUUACAAAGACCUGCACGAGCUCAAGGUCACCUACAGCAGCAACCAUCACCUGCAGCAGCAGCAGCAGCCGCCGCCGCCACCACCGCAGCAGCCACAGCAGCAGCCCCCGCCGCAGCUGCAGCUGCAGCCCGGGGAGGAGGAGAGGCGGGAAAGCCACCACUUGCGGAGCCCCGCCUACAGCGUCAGCACCAUCGAGCCCCGGGAGGACCUGCUGUCGCCGGUGCAGGACGCCGACCGCUUUUACAGGGGCAUUUUAGAACCAGACAAACACUGCUCCACCACCCCCGCCGGCAAUAGCCUCCCGGAAUAUCCCAAAUUCCCGUGCAGCCCCGCUGCUUACACUUUCUCCCCCAACUAUGACCUGAGACGCCCCCAUCAGUAUUUGCAUCCGGGGGCAGGGGACAGCAGGCUACGGGAACCGGUGCUCUACAGCCCCCCGAGUGCUGUCUUUGUAGAACCCAACCGGAACGAAUAUCUGGAGUUAAAAGCAAAACUAAACGUUGAGCCGGACUACCUCGAAGUGCUGGAAAAACAGACCACAUUUAGUCAGUUCUAAAAGCAAAGAAACUCCCUUGGAGCUUUUGCAUUUCAAACAAGCAAGCCGACACACACGGUGAACACAUUUGAUUAAUUGUGUUGUUUCAACGUUUAGGGUGAAGUGCCUUGGCACGGGAUUUCUCAGCUUCGGUGGAAGAUACGAAAAGGGUGUGCAAUUUCCUUUAAAAUUUACACGUGGGAAACAUUUGUGUAAACUGGGCACAUCACUUUCUCUUCUUGCGUGUGGGGCAGGUGUGGAGAAGGGCUUUAAGGAGGGCAAUUUGCUGCGCGGGUGAUUUGUGAAAGGCCGCAGUCAUUUUUGUAGUGGUUGGAAGUGCUCUAAGAAUGGUGGAUGAUGGCAGAGCAUAGAUUCUACUCUUCCUCUUUUGCUUCCUCCCCCCUGCCCCCGCCCCACCUCCGUUUCUCCCCUUUUAAGCCAUGGGUGGGUCUAACUGGCUUUUGUGGAGAAAUUAGCACACCCCAACUUUAAUAGGAAAUUUGUUCUCUUUUUCCGCCCCUCUCCUUCUCUCCUUCCCUCCCCUCCCUUCUCAUUCCUUUUCUUUGUUUUUAAAGGAUGUGUUUGUAUGCAUUCUGGACAUUUGAAUUUAAAAAAAGUAUUGUGAUCCUGUAAAGGAUCACCAUAGAUGUGGACAAAUCAUUAAAAUUACAGAGCUAUAUGAUCCAUAAUUGAUUAGUCAAAAUAACUUAUUGAUGAAAUAUACAAAUAUUUUAUUGUAGCACCUAUUUUUAUAUGCACAUUUAGCAUUCCUCUUUCCUUCACUAUUUAGCCUAUGAUUUUGCAGAGGUGUCGCACUGUAUUAGGAUCUGCAUUUCUAAAACUGAUGUGGUAUCAGGAAGGCAUUUUCAAUCAUUAAAAAUAUGGAGAAUUUAAUGGCAAAAUCUUUAAAAGCCAAUGCAAUCCACCCAAUUGAAUCUGUAUUUUUUUUUAAGAAGAAAGAUCUGAUUGUAUCCCAAUGCAUUAAAAGAAAAAAAUAGGGCAAUUAAUUGGGCCAUUCCAGUGAGAAUUGCGUCAAAGUUUUGGGUUUUAUUAGAAAAGAUUUGAAAGUUAUUUUUAUUAGUGAACCAAAAUGACAUGUUGAUUUGACUACUAUUGUAGCCGAUUUUCGAUUGUUUAACCAAACCCAGUUGCAUUUGUACAGAUCCACGUGUACUGGCACCUCAGAAGACCAAAUCAUGGACUGUACAAGUCUCUAUACGAUGUCUUUAUCCCUGUGGGCAGCAAGCAAUGAUGAUAAUGACAAACAGGAUCUCUGUAAGAUGGGGCUACUGUUGUUACAGUCUCAUAUGUAUCCCAGCACAUGUAAUUUUUUAAAUAGUUUCUGAAUAAACACUUGAUAACUAUGUCAAA